CCCACUGCGCAUCAGGUACCGGUCCCCACGCUAUAUAACGCCACGGACCGGAGAGGAGAGCAGGACAGGACAGGAGCAACGAGGUGACCGAACCACAGGACAAGUUCAACUAUGGCCAAAUUGCUGAGAUCGUGGGUGAUGUUCGCGGCUCUGGUCGUCUGCCUGCUGGUGUGUUGGAGCGGCUUCGCGGACGCCUACCCUCCCAAACCGGAGAGACCCGAGAGCAACGCCUCUCCGGAGGAGUGGGCCAAGUACCACACAGCUGUCAGGCAUUACAUCAACCUCAUCACUAGACAAAGGUAUGGAAAGAGAUCUUCCCCUGAGGAGGCAGUAGCCUGGCUGCUGCUGGGCGCAAAUUCUGACCAAGACGGCGAGCCACGCUCCGACUAUGCUGGCACAUGGUGAAUAAGCCCAGACUGAAUCUAACCAGCUACCCAGUUCCCCCAACCCACCAAUCAAAACAUUUCUCAAGAGAGCACCUGCACUGGCCACUGGAGACAGUCUCAAUAUUUAAUUGUCUAAUGUGCAUGCAAAUCAACGUCUCUCUUUUUCUGUUUGUUUGUUUUCGGACAGUAACUAUAUGUAUCUGUCGAUUCUCUAAAAUUGUAAAUAAUUUGUAUCUAUAAAAGUCUCUUCACAAUAAAGAUCUAAGUGGAAUUUAAAAAAA